AGAGAGAGAGAGAGAGAGAGAGAGAGAGAUUGAGAUUACGGUAGGAACAAGUCAGUGAGUCAGUCGGAGAGAUAGAGAGAGAGAGAGAGAGGAGAGAGGGAGAGGGAGUGAGAAAGGGAGGAAUCGACGGAGCGAGGAACGGGGCGGGGGGCAGGAGGAGCGGUGCAACAUUGCGUCGCAGCGGGAUCGAGUCGAGUACAUAGCUUAAUCAAUAGGAUUAUAUGUGCAGAGCAAAAGAAGGAACGUACGUCCCUGUGGGGCUAGAGCGGAGGAACUUGAGGCAACAUUCUCGCUAAAGAGUAGAAGAGUCUUUGGUUUGGCUCGAUUCCAAGAAAAGGAGUGAGAUCAAUCAUCAAUCAACACAGCUCUUGUUCUUGGUGCAUACUCCACUCCAGUCCACUUCACUCCGACGUUUUCUCCUGCUUAUCAACCCCGGAUCGGUUCGGAUCCUCCUCCUCUUCUGCCUUGCUUCUCUUCAGUUCCUUCCAUACUCUCUCUUUCCCACCCCGCCCCUCGCCAUCUCUCUCGUGCCGUGCCGUGUAACUUUGCUUCAGUUUCGCCUGUGCAAAUCUCGACCUUUUCCUUCUCCCCCUCCUGUGACUGCUCCGUACGGACUGCCUGCAUCCAUCACCUGUCUUUCCCCCGCCAGGCCGCUAAUUAUUAGCACGCCUCGCUCUCCACGUCUCAGCUACGACGACCUCCUUUUCCACCUUGUCCACAUCUCACGUACACCCCUAAUUUAUCUUUCAUCUUGCUCUUUACCAAAUUCCUCAUCAAGCACCAGCCGAUUCCUCCCCGCCCCCGUAUGUUCGUACCUUUUCCCCUUCCCGUUCCUCGCAGGGUACACUGACUUCUUCACUUCGGCCUGUAGCCAGCUUCUCAUCUGGAAUCCAUCCCAUCAUUCCUCCUGCGCUUUUCAGUACCUUUCUCUACCUUUUGUUCCGCCCAUCCUUAUAUUUCGUGUCGCGCUCGAACAUUCUCGGCUUUCACGGAUAUCAGUCUUGGACUUGCCCUGUUAAGUUACCGGUGACUGCGUGCGCGGCCUGCUGAUCUGUGAGUCCCACGAGCGCACUCGACACUUGCAGCUCGAGCUCGGUAGAUCGAGAGGAGCUGAGGAGUGCAUGACUUUCCGGGAGAACCAGGAAUUUUGUCAAGUUUGUGCAAUGACCAUUUGACGAUACCACCAUCUUCUUCAUCGAGUAACGGUUUUAGUUUGAGGUGAAGGACGGUUUAAUCGAUCUCGCUGUGAGCAAGAGAAUCGACAUUUGCUGCUGGGUGGUGGCGAUGUCCUGAAGCCUCUUCUCGGAGAGGUUAGUGACUGGAACGCUACCCUUGAGAAGCUGGUGGGAGGACACAGGGAGCCCAUGUUUGAAUGUCAAAAGAGAGGGAAACAUUUGGAUUACUAGAUAGCAACUCGCGGAAAAUCCGACGAGCGGAACCGGAGAAAGUUGUUCGCCGAGCCAUGCUGGGACCACAAGGGCAAGGCAACUCGUCCACACCAUGUGCUGCGUGCAAGCUGCUGCGGCGCCGGUGCGCGCAAGAAUGCCCGUUCUCGCCGUACUUCUCCCCGCACGAGCCCCAGAAAUUCGCUUGUGUCCACAAGAUCUUCGGUGCGAGCAAUGUAUCAAAAAUGCUGAUGGAAGUACCAGAGAGCCAGAGGGCCGAUGCCGCAAGCAGUCUGGUGUACGAGGCAAAUGCUCGCAUUCGUGACCCUGUGUAUGGCUGCAUGGGGGCCAUUUCUGCAUUGCAACAGCAGGCACAGUCAUUACAGGCCGAACUCAAUGCUGUUCGGCAAGAAAUCAUGCGCUACCGCUGUCAUGAGAAUGCCGUCGCUGCUGUUAUGGUGGCUGGAUUUCCACCGAACAACGACAGGAGCACAGGCUCAGGGGCACUCUCUUCUCAAACUUCAGCUUCUACCGACUACACCGUACCUUCCCCUAGCAGCGUGGCUACUCCAGACGUGAAGGAGCGGUAUUGGACAUCCAUGAACUAAAGAAGAAACUGUUUGAAGUUCCCACUUUCUUAACAAAUGGUGGCAGCAUUGCAGCCUCCAUUUGUCAAGAAAAUGUAACAAGGAAACUAAAAUUUGCCUCGGUAUGCUGUCAAAAGUAUUUGUUAGGGUCGAUCGUGUCACAGUUAUGAUUAAAAUCUUUCCCCUUCCACCCCCGUCCCCCUCCCCGGCCUACCGUUGGCCGCAAAUGCAAUUCUUUUUCUUAUUUAGCAAAUAAUACUAGUGCCCCUGGGCUGCAGCAUGUAGCCCUUCUACCCUAUCAUGAUCUUCCAAGCACGCUCCAAGCUAUCUCAUCCAGCACGCAUUGAUGUGCAUUCAGUGAAGCUGAUCAAUGUCAACUUUCACGGCAGCCAUCAAUCAUCCUCUGAGCCUUCAAGAAUGUCUAGGGGUUGUGAAUCAUCCAAAGGGUAAGCCAGCAGCCAGAUGCUAUUCUUGCUGUACAUGUGAACCAGUCUCUGUUUGAAUGGAAGUUUAUGGUUUAUCAUUGUCCAUACUUGCAAGAGGAGUCAAUUUUGCGAAAGUAAGAGCCUUUAGUUAGCACAAGUUUAUGUGUAAAGGAGUUAUGAUUGUCUUUAUGUAGGUGGUGAUGUUUUACCUACCCUAUAUUAUCUGUAUGGGUACAAUCAUUUGUAAGAGACACCUAAGAAAUGAGAAGUUAAAUCAGUUAAAAGAGCCGUUG